AUGAACUCAACUGAAUUCAGUGAAGAUGUAGAAGAAGAAGAAGUUCUCAAAAACAACACUGUGAAGGUGGAGACUGAGGCUGAAGAUGCUGCCCUGGACUGCUCAGUAAACGCCAGGACCUCUGAGAAGCACCCUCUGGACAGCGCCUUUGCCGCCAUCCAGGACUCCAGCAAACGGAAGCAGCCGGGCAGCGAUGGGCAGCUGGACCCAGUCCCCAGCGUGAAGAGAAGGCGGCUGAUACCCGAGGCUCUCCUGGCAGGCAUGCGGAACCGCGAGAACAGCUCGCCCUGCCUGGGCAAUGGGGAGCAGGCGGGCAGGGGCAGGACGGCGGGGCCUGCGUGGCUGGCAGAGGAGGAGCCGGGCCAGGACGCCGCCACCCCGUCCUACAAAAAGCCGCUGUACGGCAUCUCCCACAAGAUCAUGGAGAAGAAGAACCCGCCCCCGGGGGACCUGCUGAGCACCUACGAGCUCUUCGAGAAGGCCACCGCCAGCAACAGCCCGUCGCCGCUCAGGCUCCUGAACGAGCCCCCGAAGCGGGACUGCGGUGGCGGGGCGGCCCCGGACGGGGACCCCAACAUCUACUUCCUGAUCCAGAAGAUCUUCUACAUGCUCAACACCCUCACAUCCAACAUGUCGCAGCUGCACAGCAAGGUAGACCUGCUGUCCCUGGAGGUGAGCCGCAUCAAGAGGCAGGUGAGCCCCGCCGAGGCCACGGCCAAGUUCCAGCCGCCGCCGGAGUACCAGCUCACUGCGGCCGAGCUCAAGCAGAUCGCCGACCAGAGCCUGUCGGGCGGGGACCUGGCCUGCCGCCUGCUGGUGCAGCUGUUCCCCGAGCUGUUCAGCGACGUGGACUUCUCCCGCGGCUGCAGCGCCUGUGGCUUCGCGGCCAAGCGCAAGCUCGAGUCGCUGCACCUGCAGCUCAUCCGCAACUACGUGGAAGUGUACUACCCGGUGGUGAAGGACACGGCUGUGUGGCAGGCCGAGUGCCUGCCUCAGCUGAACGACUUCUUCAGCCGCUUCUGGGCGCAGCGGGAGAUGGAGGACAGCCAGCCCGGCGGCCAGGUGGCCGGCUUCUUCGAGCCGGAGCCGGUGGACCCCGGCUUCCUGGACGGCAAGGACGCGGAGGAGGCGCUGUCCCUGGACCGCAGCAGCACCAUCGCCUCGGACCACGUGGUGGACACGCAGGACCUCACCGAGUUCCUGGACGAGGCCUCCUCGCCGGGGGAGUUCGCCGUCUUCCUGCUGCACCGGCUCUUCCCGGAGCUCUUCGACCACCGCAAGCUGGGCGAGCAGUACAGCUGCUACGGGGACGGCGGCAAGCAGGAGCUGGACCCGCAGCGGCUGCAGGUCAUCCGCAACUACACGGAGAUCUACUUCCCCGACAUGCAGGAGGAGGAGGCGUGGCAGCAGCAGUGCGCCCAGCGCCUCAACGACGAGCUGGAGGGCCUGGGCCCCGACGCGGGCAGCGAGGGCGAGCCGGGCCGCGACGACUGCUACGACUCCGCCAGCCUGCCGGACGACGUGUCGGUGGUCAAGGUGGAGGACAGCUUCGAGGGCGAGCGGCCCGGCCGGCGCUCCAAGAAGAUCUGGCUGGUGCCCAUCGACUUCGACAAGCUGGACAUCCCGGCGCCCGACUUCGACGUGCCGGGCGCCGACUGCCUGCUGAGCCGCGAGCAGCUCCGCAGCAUCUACGAGAGCAGCCUGUCCAUCGGCAACUUCGCGUCGCGCCUGCUGGUGCACCUGUUCCCCGAGCUCUUCACGCACGAGAACCUGCGGAAGCAGUACAACUGCAGCGGCUCCCUGGGCAAGAAGCAGCUGGACCCCGCGCGCAUCCGCCUCAUCCGCCACUACGUGCAGCUGCUGUACCCCCGGGCCAAGAACGACCGCGUGUGGACGCUGGAGUUCGUGGGCAAGCUGGACGAGCGCUGCCGGCGCCGCGACACGGAGCAGCGGCGCUCCUACCAGCAGCAGCGCAAGGUGCACGUGCCGGGCCCCGAGUGCCGCGACCUGGCCAGCUUCGCCGUCAACCCCGAGCGCUUCCGGGAGGAGUUCGAGGGGCCCCCGCUGCCCCCCGAGCGGAGCAGCAAGGACUUCUGCAAGAUCCCCCUGGACGAGCUGGUGGUGCCCUCGCCCGACUUCCCGGUGCCUUCUCCCUACCUGCUGUCCGACAAGGAGGUGCGCGAGAUCGUGCAGCAGAGCCUGUCGGUGGGCAACUUCGCGGCGCGGCUCCUGGUCAGGCUCUUCCCCGAACUCUUCACCGCCGAGAACCUCCGGCUGCAGUACAACCACUCCGGGGCCUGCAACAAGAAGCAGCUGGACCCCACGCGGCUGCGGCUCAUCCGCCACUACGUGGAGGCCGUGUACCCCGUGGAGAAGAUGGAGGAGGUGUGGCACUACGAAUGUAUCCCCAGCAUCGACGAGCGCUGCCGCCGCCCCAACCGGAAAAAGUGCGACAUCCUCAAGAAGGCCAAGAAAGUGGAGAAGUGA